GGCCAUUAUAUUAUUAUCAUAAUAAAAGUAUUUUGCAUUAAUGCCAUACGAAUAAAUAUCAAAUUGACAAGAUUAAGAUUAAAGAAUUAUUAAUAAGUAUACUGCAUUUCUAAACAUAAAAUAAUUUUUAACCAGUAAAAUACUUAUUCAUACGAUAUUAAAUUACCUUUAUUAACUGGUUUAUCGUUAAAUUUUAAUAUAUCAAAAUUCCAAAUAUAUUUCAAAUGGCUUCUAAAAAGUCUAUAAAUUUAGCAAAAGUGAAAGACGAGUUAGUCGAUGGUGUAUACAUCAGACCAUCAAAGAAAAAAAUAAUGACUUCUCAAAUUGUCACUAAUGAUGAGUUAACAAACUUGAUUCAAGAACGUUUGGCUAAUCGACGUACUGGUGAACGUACAGAAUUUGCUAAUCAAUUAGCUAGAAAAUUAAUUAAAAAAUUACAUGAUCAAGAUGUAAAGCUUCGAAAAACGAAUGGUAAAAAAAGAGGUGGAUCGGUUAAUCAAAUUAUAGAUGAAAAAAGUGGUAUCUUAAAUAUGGAAAGAGUUAAAGAAGAAGUUCUUUCUGAAUCUGGUUUAAUUGAUGAUUUUGAUGCAGAUAAUACUCCACCUCCUAAGAAGCGUGAUCCACCUAAGAUGACUUGUAAAGAAAUGGCAAUGACCAUUAUAAAUUGCAAAAAAGUAUUGGAAGACAAAACAACAUUAGAUAAAAAAGUUGCAAAUAAGUUUACAUGUGCUCUCAAGUCAAGAUUAGCUAAUAAAUUAAAAAAAAAACCCAAUACUUCAAGUAAAUAAUUUACUAUAUUAUUUG